AUGGUCAUACCAAUCGCAGCAACUAACGUUCGACUCAUUCUUAACAGUGUCACUGGUACGACUACUGCCUGCUUCGAGCCAAAUCUCGACUAUUGUGUCCUGAAGAUUCAACGUUGGGAUCUUGGAAAAUUUGCUCGAGCCAGCGCUCAAAUCGGAAGUUCGAUGAAAUCUGCAGGAGAGGUCAUGAGAAUCGGGCGAUGUUUUGAGACAUAUAAAAGAAUGUUCGUUUUUGCACGUGGAAUGUAUUCUGGAGAUUUCGAUGUGGAGAAGGUGUCUGCGUCUGCUGAGUUGUUGUUGGAAGCAAAACAAGCCAGAUUCUGGGAUAGACAGAUUGCAAAGAAGAUUGGAAGCAACGAGCAGACUGUCCGCAAGGCCCGUUUCGCCAAUGGAAUCAAAGCAUGUGUGAAACAAAUCGACACAAUCGCCAGAAAAUGGUCUACUCAAACAACUCUACAACACCACUAUUAA